UAAAUGGAGGCUGGUCCACCUGGACGGAGUGGUCUAUGUGUAAUAGUCGCUGUGGCCGAGGAUAUCAGAAGCGCACAAGAACCUGCACCAACCCAGCACCACUCAAUGGUGGUGCCUUCUGUGAAGGUCAGAGUGUGCACAAAAUAGCCUGUACCACAUUAUGUCCAGUGGAUGGCAGGUGGACUUCCUGGAGCAAGUGGUCUACCUGUGGGACUGAGUGUACGCACUGGCGCAGGAGGGAAUGCAUGGCACCAGCCCCCAAGAAUGGAGGCAAGGACUGUGAUGGCCUCGUCCUACAAUCCAAGAAUUGCACUGAUGGCCUUUGUAUGCAGACUGCUCCAAAUUCGGAUGAAAUAGCUGUGUAUGUGGGCGUUGUGAUUGCUGUGAUAGUUUGCCUGGCCAUUUCUCUUGCGGUAGCCCUAUUUGUGUAUCGGAAGAAGCACCGAGACUUUGAGUCUGAGAUUAUUGACUCUUCAGCACUCAACGGAGGCUUUCAGCCCAUAAACAUCAAAGCUGCAAGACAAGAUCUCCUGGCAGUCCCCCCAGACCUCACCUCUGCUGCAGCCAUGUACAGAGGACCUGUUUAUGCUUUGCAUGAUGUCUCCGACAAAAUCCCCAUGACCAACUCUCCGAUUCUGGAUCCACUGCCUAGCCUGAAAAUAAAAGUCUAUAAUACUUCAGGCGCUGUCACCCCUCAAGAUAACCUCUCCGAGUUUGCAUCCAAACUGUCCCCUCAGAUGACACAGUCCUUGUUGGAAAAUGAGACCCCAAAUCUGAAGAACCACAGUCUAGCAAAACAGACUGAUCCAUCCUGUACUGCAUUUGGCACCUUUAAUGCCCUCGGGGGCCACCUUAUCAUUCCCAACUCAGGAGUAAGCUUGCUGAUUCCAGCUGGGGCUAUUCCCCAAGGAAGAGUCUACGAAAUGUAUGUGACUGUACACAGGAAAGAAAAUAUGAGGUAA